AUGUCGCUGCGCUUCGGCAAGGUGAUGGCAUACGCCGUGCCCGGAGCGCUGGCACUGCUGGGCUGGUGGUGGCUCUGUUCCCGAAAAUCGCAGGCCAGGGACGGUGCCGAACCAGCAACAGCCGCUGAGGAAGCGCGGCAGAAAGCAGGGCCGGAGAAGGAACCGCGGCCCAGAGCAGAAGCCCGCGGCCCUGCCGGUUUGUCCGUUGUGCUCGCCGCGCGCCCAGAGCCCCAGCCAGGGCUGCCGCUGAGGCGCCGGCCCAGAGCAGCGCCCGGAUCAGCGCCCAGAGCGGCGCCCGGAGCAGCGGCCAGAGCAGCGGCCGGAGCAGCACCCGGAGCAGCGGCCAGAGCAGCGCCCGGAUCAGCGCCCAGAGCGGCGCCCGGAGCAGCGGCCGGAGCAGCGGCCGGAGCAGCACCCGGAGCAGCGGCCAGAGCAGCGCCCGGAUCAGCGCCCAGAGCGGCGCCCGGAGCAGCGGCCGGAGCAGCGGCCGGAGCAGCGCCCGGAGCAGCGGCCAGAGCAGCGCCCAGAGCGGCGCCCGGAGCGGCGGCCGGAGCGGCGGCCGGAGCAGCGCCCGGAGCAGCGGCCAGAGCAGCGGCCGCCGCCGGCAGCGGUUGCGGGACCCCGCCGGAGCCGAGCGGGGCCCAGAGCGCCGCCGCGCUGCCGCCGCCGCCGCGGGCAGAGCCCCGGGCUGUGAGCGGGGCCGCUCCCGGCCGCGCCAGACGCCGUGGGGCGCAGCGCCGCGUGCGCAGCGAGGAAGCGCUGCCGGGGGCCCCGCGGGACGUGCCCGCCGCGCUCUGCCCGGCUGCGGCCGCCCCGGCCGAUGCCCCUCCGGAGGCGGCCGGCGCUGCUGCCCCUGAGCGGGGGCCGCCGGCGGCGGGCAGCGACGCGGAUGCCGCCGCAGAGCUGGGCUGCUUUUUCCCCAGGGAGCAAAGGGAGCUUUCGGUGGGCUCUGUGUGGUGGGACUUGACCCUUUCUGACAUCCUGGGCGACCCGAUCCGGGAACAUCCCAACGCGAUGCGUAGCAAGUGCUCCCUGUCAGCUCUCGACACAAGGAUCUCUUCUCCUGGCCUGGUGUCUGGGGACUGCAUUGUGUGGGCUGUCUGA